CUCGUGAGCAGCACGCCGCUCCGGGCCUUCUAAUUCACUGCGGCUUCGCAUCGGCACGGCUGCACGUCUCGUGCUCGCAUGACCUUGCUGUAGCCGGCCCCGUCGAUUGAGAACGAUAUGGCGAACGUAUCGGCCAACGGAGGCACAUCUCUGGCUCCGACUCCUGCACAUCCGCACCAACUUUCACGAGAACCGAGCAGAGAAGACAUUGAGAUGGCCGAGAACCUCAACCUGCUGAACCACUCCCGAGAAUCCAAUCCGCCGAGGCUCCCUGAAUCAGGUGCUCAGGGGCAGCAAGUCUCUUCCCCUCAGGACCAGAAUUCCGAGAUCUACCAUUCUCUCGAGGAUACGCUGCAUUUCCAGCAGUCUGAGCCGCCGGAGCAGCCACCGACUCCCGCAACUACGACCUCCAUGGCUCCCGGAAGUGCAGUUGGAGGGAAUGCGCCGGUUACAGGCCAGGUUUGCAGUAACUGCGGGACGACGCGGACCCCGCUCUGGCGUCGCUCGCCCACCGGCGAGACAAUCUGCAAUGCCUGCGGCCUGUAUCUCAAAGCGCGAAAUCAGUCUCGUCCUACGAAUCUGAAGCGCAAUGUCCAACCCCAGCCUGUUUUGCCCGCUCAGCAAGGUACAGUGCAAGGACAGAGUCAUGACAGAAGCACUUCACCUGGAAAUGCCUCUGGAUCCCCGAGAGGAGCAACUUAUGUCGCUGCCGACCAGGUAGCCACUGGUACGUGCCCGGGUGGUGGCCGGUGCAAUGGCACUGGUGGCCAGCAGGGCUGUAGUGGGUGUCCCGCCUACAACAACCGAGUUUCCAAAACCGCGCAAUUUGCACUUGCCCAAGCGAAUGCAGCUCCCGGCGCAACAGAUGCUGCUCCUGGCAGCGAAGCUUCAGCUCAAGCGGGGACGGCGGGCACAGCCGUUAUCCCGGCCUGCCAGAAUUGCGGAACCACUAUCACGCCUCUUUGGAGAAGAGACGAGGCUGGACAUACUAUCUGUAACGCGUGCGGACUUUACUUUAAGCUCCACGGCACACAUCGACCCGUUGCAAUGAAGAAGCAAGAAAUCAAACGUCGCAAACGCGUUGUACCAGCCAUGCCAGACUCAACUACACAAGGGUCAUCAUCUAUCGCCAGCUACUCACCGCAACAACAUCCUCCGCAAGCUCCAGCAUUUGAGCACUCUGUAUCACCAGACCCUUCUACUACCGUCGAAACAAGCGAACACCAUUACCCGCCAGUGACCAGAGCUCUCGCCGUCGACUUUACCAAUUAUUAUAGCGCCACAGCGAGUAUGUCACGCCCACAAGGACCCCCAACACCGUCAACGACACAACCGUCUGCCCCUUCCCCUCGAAAGCGGAGUCUGAGUGCUACUCUGGAUCCGGAGAUGCCGUCAGUUCCGCAUCAGCAUCAACCUGCAAAUCCUGUCCCCCAUCGGCCUAGCUCCAUAUCUUCUAUCCUAAACCCUUUUAGGGCUCCUGAUACAAACAUUGAUCCUUCUUUGUCCAGCAUGUCGAGGCAGGCUGGAGGAAAUCCAUCAACACCGGGCCUGACUGGGAGAGAGGAUAAGGAAACGAGGAAGGAGAGGCUGAGAAAAGAGGCGCAAGCCAUGAGAGAUGAAUUGGCGAGGAAGGAGCGGGAGUUGGAGGAGUUGGGAGACUAACCCUCGUGUUUGGCCUCUUCCUUUCCUCUCGCGCUCGCAUGUCUUACCGAGGUUUGGGGAUAGACAUCGGGUGGAGGAUGGAUGAGGCGGUUGUCUUGCUCGAACAAUGGGAUGGAUAUGCGUCUA